UUUAGACGCGUCUAGCCUCUGCAAAAUCCGUCCUCCAGCAACGUAGGGAAGAUGUCGACCUUGUCUGUGACGGAUUUGUUCGGUGUCAAAGGGCGGGUGGCCCUCGUGACUGGAGGAUGUAGCGGGAUCGGAUUGAUGAUUGCAAAGGGCCUCGUAUCGAAUGGCGCAAAGGUCUAUGUGACUGCUUUGCCAACCGAUGAUAUCGAAGGGGCAGUGACUGAAUUGUUGGAAUUCGGCAAAGCGUCCGGUGGGACAGCUGUAGGACUUGAAGGAGACGUCUCUUCAAAAGAAGGCAUUGUCGCUAUUGCACGGGAGAUCGAAAAACAUGAGACUCACCUCGACAUUUUAUGCUCCAACGCUGGCAUCAGGAGAGAUCCUCCUCAGAUGUGCAAUGUGAAGACGGCAUCUUUAGACGAACUGCAAGCAUCUUUAUGGUCAUCGAAGCAUUCAGAUUGGGACGACACUUUCCGGGUUAAUGUGACGGCGCAUUAUUUCUUAGCCGUGGCUUUGCUGAAGUUGCUGGUUGCAGCGGGCGAUCUUGAGCUUGGAAAUGGUCGGAAAGGAAGAGAUGAAGGUCGAGGGGUCAUGAUCAUCACCAGCAGCUGUGCGAGCAUGCAUAACUGUACGAACAUUGACUUGACCAGUUAUGCCACUAGCAAGGCGGCCAUCGACCACCUCGUUCCUUUGCUGGCCAGCAAAUUUGCAAAAUGGUAUGUCAGAGUCAAUGCCAUCAACCCUGGCUUUGUUCCAAGCAAGAUGAACCCUGUCCAGGAGGGUGGCAAUCAAUUUGCGGAGCUCUUCAAAGCAAUGCCAGCCGGGCGCAUAGGAAACAUGGAAGAUAUCGCAGGAGCCAUCUUAUAUUUGAGCAGCCAAGCAGGAGCUUAUGUCGAUGGGCGGUGCCUGUGUGUUGACGGUGGUCGAGUAUUACUGGCCAAUGGGCAGUAACAUGGCAAAGAAAGAAGGGGAGAAUAGAAGUGAAGUGUGCUGUGCAAGCAUCCGCCCUUUGAUAUACUAGUACUAUGUGCUCUAAGCUGAGAAUCACCUAGAGAACAGAGCGGAGGCAUCUUGGCUGCAUCAUGGCUCGAUUAGGAAGGAGAGAAUACGAGGUACAUCCACGCUCGCCAAUUGCAGGCUUCAUCUUUUCUCUACAGUGCGAUCCUCGAGUUAUCAUGAAUGUGGUGACUCCCAAGGAACUUCAGAUUCAACCCUGGUCCGACAAGCAUGCUUGGAAUGAAUGUUGUGGCACGGAGUUAGAUUCUUACUAUGGUCUCAUGGGUACAAGUAAAUCGUGGAA